CCUGCCUUGCCCUGUCCUUCCCCACCCUCACCGCCUGUCCUGCCCUGCCCUACCGACACUGCCUGCCCUGCCCCACCCGCACCGCCUGCCCUGCCCCACACAUGGACGGGGAAAAUUGGUAGAUACUUCAUAACUAUGUUAUGUGCAGCUUAUAAUGCACAUGGUUAAGUUGGUGGAGAGUGGGAUUCAUAAUAGCCCCAGAGGCAGGCAAGACUUCUGGACAAUGAGAGAUUUCCUACAGGAAUUCUAGUGAGAGAAUGAGCUGGAUAGGAGGAUAACAAAUUAAAAGAUGUAAGUAGUAAAAGAGCCAGAUUAACCCAUGGUUUAAUGGACAGUGCAAGGAGAUAAAGAAAGACAAUUUGAAGACUUUGAAUUAGUAUACUUAUCAGAGUACUAAAGCAAACAGGAGGCACUAAUAAGAAGGGAGGGGAAGGUAACUAUCAAGUGAAAGCACCAAGCCAUUAUGACUAUAUAGCACUUGGAAGGGGUCAGGAUAAGGAUUUGGGAUGGGACGGAGGGGAAGGAAUGGUGCCCAACCACUUGGACGGUCGGGGAUUGAACACCGACCUUCACGAAGCGAGACUGUCGCUCUACAGUCCAGACCAAGUGGUUGGGUAGGCACUAAUGAGAGCUAAAAAUCUGUAAACUAUGGUUACAUGGAAAACAGAGACAGUGUAAGACUGGAUAGGAGCUAAAGCCCAAGAUCAGCUAUGAAUAAUAUGGCUGUGAAAAGACAAUAAACCUUUAAGAACCAAAUUGUUAUGCAGAAACACAAUGUCAAAUACUGUAUAUUCACAAAGUGACAGGGAGGGGGUCUGCAAGGAACAUGAUAUAAGCUGUGAGGCAGUGUUUAAAGUUUAAGCCAGAGUGCAGGGCAUACAUUAGUCUAGUCCAGAAAUUUUCUGUUCUAGCUGAUAAGGCGAGAUGAGGUGCAAGGACAGGUUAAGAGAAAUAAAUCUAAUGACACUGGAAGAGAGAAGAACAAGAGCUAAUGUGAUCACUACAUACAAGAUAAGAGAGUGAUAAACAAAGUGGAUAGAUGCAAUCUUAUUCCAGGUGAUGGACAGCAGAACAGAGGGGCACAGAUCUUCUUUGGGUGCUAAUGUGGGCAACUAUCCUUGGCCUAGUAAUGCAGCGUCUUUCUGCCCGUUUGGGCACGGUGACGGGCCUCCACUUGGCCGAGGUGUGCUACCGUUAUUAUCCACGUGUUCCCCGCAUCAUGGUCUGGAUCAUGGUUGAGAUUGCCAUCAUUGGAUCUGAUAUGCAAGAAGUUAUUGGAACCUCCAUUGCUCUUUACCUGCUGUCAAAUGAAGCAAUACCUUUGUGGGGCGGAGUUCUGAUCACCAUUAUAGACACCUUCACUUUUCUUGCUCUGGACCGCUAUGGGCUACGCAAGCUAGAGGCCUUCUUUGGCUUUCUCAUUUUUGUGAUGGCUGUUACAUUUGGGUACGAAUAUGGCGUUGCCAAGCCCGACCAGCUGCAGGUGCUGAAAGGACUGUUUAUCCCAGGGUGCUAUAAUUGUGACACACGGGCACUCCUUCAGGCUGUUGGCAUUGUCGGAGCUGUUAUAAUGCCUCAUAACCUAUAUUUGCAUUCUGCUCUUGUGAAGUCACGAGAUGUGGACCGCAAAAACAAAGAUGAUGUUAAGGAAGCCAACAAGUACUUCUUCAUUGAAGCUUGUAUUGCUCUUCUCUGUUCAUUCAUCAUCAAUGUGUUUGUGGUAGCAGUGUUUGCCAAAGGACUUUAUGGAGUCACUAAUCAAGAAGUCCAUGACAGCUGCGUAUCUGCCAACAGCACCCAUGCUAAAAUAUUCCCGGAGGAUGGUGAACUAGUAGAUGCUGACAUCUACAAAGCUGGAGUAUUCCUUGGGUGUACGUUUGGAGCAGCGUGUAUGUAUAUCUGGUCUAUAGGCAUUCUGGCAGCUGGGCAGAGCUCAACCAUGACUGGUACAUACGUUGGACAGUUUGUAAUGGAGGGCUUCCUGAACCUGCGGUGGAAACGUUGGCAGCGUGUUCUUCUUACCCGAACUAUUGCCAUUACUCCGACUUUCUUUAUUGCAUUUUACCAGAACAUCAAUGACCUCACUGGGAUGAAUGAUCUUCUGAAUGCUGUCAUGUCCCUUCAGUUGCCUUUUGCUCUGAUUCCAACUCUGACAUUCACCUCAUCAGAGCGUAUUAUGGGAGACUUCAAAAAUGGAUUGUUCACAAAAAUCUUGGCUUCCCUCUUGUCGCUAUUGGUGAUUGCCAUUAACAUGUGGUUUGUAGUCAAUUUCCUGGGCACUCGUCUUGACGGGCAGUGGUGGGCGUACCUUCUGGUGUGCGUGUGUGGGAUCAUGUACUUCAGCCUCAUAAUUUACCUGGCGUUGUUCCUCGCCAUUGCAUUUGGUUUUAAUUUCAGCUGCAGCUUGCCGCUCGUAUCCAAGUAUCUAGGUGAGGUAUCCUACCAGUUGAGUGUUGGCGAUGACAUGACAGACAGCAUAUAUAGAAUUAUCAAGUGGAGCAACCCUCUCUAUGACUCGGGACUGGAUACUGAUGAUGAAUCUGUGGAUGUUGUGUGGACAAACCCUCUGUAUUGUGACACGCUUGACUCUGGCACAUGAAGGAAAUAUUCAAAUGCAUGGCACGAGGAUUCAAAAGGCUUCUUGCUAAUCUGAUACGCUUUGGGUCAUGGCAUGGGGUGGCUGCGGUGAAGUUCUUGUUAUUUCUGCUUUGUGCAUAGGCAAAUAACAUUGCAUGCUACUGGCUGCUUAAAGUCUUAAGUUAUUGAUUUUAAUCUUAUUGAACACCAAUUCUCCUCUCAUUUAAGACAAUGAAAGUACACAUUAGUUUGACUUGUAUUUACAGAGAUAAUUGUUUCUGUAAAACCCAUUAGUUAUUCAUUGUUCUGUCAUUAUUCAUUAUAAUCUGUUUUCUUUUAUAGCGAUACCAAUAAUUUUUGGUGCAAAACCUAAGGUUCUUAAUGACAUUGAAAUUGAGUAAAAUAUUUAAUCAAAUUUAAUGAACUGAGAGGAAAAUUAUCACCAAUUUAGCACUAAUGCCCUUUAACAAUACCCAUACACUAGUAUUUGAAUUUAACAAAGUUUCUAUUGUAUGCAUUACUGUUUUUAUAAGUGAAAUGUUAAUAGUUGCAUGUACUAGUUUUGUUUUUGUUACAUUUACUUUUUUUACUACUUUCAGAAUUUGAAGUACAAUAUGUACUUUAAAUCCUCCAUACCAAUUAACAAGUUUCUCUUCAUUACUUCAUGAAAAGUUACAUGCUCAGAUUUCUUAAUAUAUGCAAAGUUCUGGUCCUGUUGUAAUGUAGUUAUCUCGGUGAAAUUACAUUUAGUUCGGACAGCUUUGCCCAUUUGCAUUUUUUAAGUUUGUUAUUUAGCGUUUUGUAUGCUUGUGACUUGUGUUUUAUCGUAAUAUUGAAUAUAGCUGAAACGUUCUUCACAGAUCUCAAGACAUCAGAAUGGAAAUUUCACAUUAAAAUCUUUAAACCAAGUGGAAUAAUCCUCCAUCCAAGUUAUGGUAUAACUUGAAUUAUUUUUGGAAAUGUAAUCAACACUGUCCAGUACUUCAUGGUGAAUCACUAUAGAGCUCGGUAAAUUUUUAUAGUACAGCAAUAUUAGUUAUAAUUAAUGUAGGACUUUGAAAAUAUUUUUGUGUUCAUAUAAUACUCUUGUAUAGACACAGUUCAUUUGUUUUCUGUCUAUUGACUUUUAUCCAUGGGGUACCCUAUCUUCACAGUGUACACUUUGCUUUGGGUACCCUUUCUGUCCAUUGUAAAGUACUUAUUUGUUCUGGGUACCUGUUCUGUCCAGUAUACUGCUAGCUUUGGGUGCCUGUUUUGUCCAGUAUGCAAAUCUUUUUUCUGUGAGCUGCAAUCUGUUAUGGAUACCUUUCCAUUUACUAGACGUGUUUUUGAGCGAGUGCCAUUUGUUUUAUCUCAAGCAUGUGAAAUAACAUUGAGGUAAUUGAAACCAUCAUGAGCAGAAAAAAUGUUUGUUGCCAAAAAUUUUAAUGAGUGAAGAAGUGUUUAGUCCAUUAGGUAGCUUCAUUAUACAAACAUUACAUAACAUUUUGACAUUAUAUUUCAGAGAUGUAAAGUUUCUCAUUAGUUUAUCAUGGGAACUUGGAAAAUGUGUUCAGUUAAUUCAAGGCAAUAGAAAGAGCCCAAUUAGAUAGUGGGUAAAAGUAGCAAAUAAUUUAUUAACAUCCAUUUGAAGUCUUGUCUUCAUUGUAUUAAAUAAAAAAAAGAAAUAUUAUUGGAUGUUCAAAUCUUAGGACAAGAAAUGGGAUGAAACAAAUUGAUGAAAACUUAAAAAUCAAUAUUUUUGUCUUCCAGUAAGACAGCGAGGAAGGAUAUUACCGAUGAUAUAGUAAAUCAUUUAAACAAGUCUGAUUCUGUUUGCUGCAUCAUUUCUGACUUCAGUGUUCUGUCUGUCUUUCAUAAUUAUGCAAUUAACAAUGGCAUAUACUGAGAUCUGUAUUCUGAUGAUAUUUUGUAUACACGAGCAUUAGUGGCUCUGGAAAGCUUAUGUCAUGGGUGCAGCAUUCUCUCUCUAUAUCUCUUUCUCUCUCAUAUAUUGUGUGUGUGCAUAAACUUGUCCAUACAAGCUGUGAUCUUUAUUUUAAAUUUGUAAAGGCUGUGAUUGGUGGUGGUAGACUUGCAUACUACUGAUUUUACUGAAUAAAUUCAAAAUUUUAUAUAUAUAUAUAAUAUAAUGUGUGUAUAUAUAUAUAUAAUACACAUACAUAUACAAUAUAAGUACUGUAUACAAAACCCUUGGGUAAUGGGUUGUAAUAUCCCGAGUUUACUGUUUACCCGAAUAUUAAAAAGACUUGAAACAGAGGUACUGUAUAUGGAAUAGCAAUUUUAAAACUUUAAUGGCAGUUACAAAUCCUCUUAGGUAACAGGUCUUAGCCUGUUAUCUAAGAAUGUGUGUUUGUAUAAAUGCUUAUAAAUUUUCAACACUUAAAUUGUUUAGUACUUUGAUUAAGAAUAAGAGCAAUUGCCAGGUCAGCAUCCUCCUUGGCAGUUGUAUGUCUUGAGUGGUUUGGUAGUGAAAUGUAAGGUGCACGCAAUGAAUGCCUUUUGAUGUUGAUCAGUCUUGGCCAGUUAACAUUUAAAAGUAUUUAGCAUUUGUCGCUUAGUUCAAUCCUUGACCCAGCACAGUCAUGUAGGUGUUGGAUCAUGAUCAAAAUAACACAUUUUUUUUUUUUAGCAAAGGAUCUGUGAUAGAGGGGCCAAUACCUGUGGUCUUUGUUAAUUGAAGUGCACACAGCUAACUCUUCACACACAACAAACUCUAUGUAUGUUUUUUUAUUUAAACUAUUAAUGUAUAAUUUUUAAAUGCUCAAAAUGUUUGUUUAAAAAUUCAAGAUGUGUAAAGUGGAAUCAGGUUUUUGAAGAUUACUGAACUGUAUUUUUAAUUGUAUAAUUACUGAAUUAACUAUUUAUAAUGUAAAUAUCAUGCAAAUGAUUUUAUUUUUAAAUAAAAUAGUUAUUUUUGUCACUUAGAAUUCAGACCACUAUGAACACUUGUUUCUGCUUAAUUUUAUUAUCAUAUCUUCACAUUAGGUAGUGAAAAUAAUGUUAACGGUUUAAAAAUCGACUAACUUUCGGUAAUAUUAAAAACGGUUUUAUUACUGAUUGUAGGUUUGAUAAAAACAUCAUUAACUUAAAUGUGCAGGGUGGCAAUGUAUCUAUGACUGUCUGGGGGAUUUAUUUCCUUUCUAAGCUACUGAGGAGCAACUUGUUAGGCACAGUGGGCCCACGAUCUGUACAAUUCUAGGAAAUCUUGUACAGAACAACCGUAAGUUUAUGUGGAGGGCUUGGUAAUGUUCCAGAGACCUCCAGUUUGAUUAUUUCUCCCCCACUCAUCUUGGUAAGGAAUUUGUUGUCAUGUAUUGUAUAUUUUGUUUGAAGUGAUGAUUUUGUUAACACUUGCCCAGAUGUAGUACAUUCUGGCUCAUUGUGAUUGAUAGAAGAAUUGCUGGAGAUUGUGUUUAUUUUGUGAGUGUGGAUAGUGGUUGGUUGUCUGAGGUUUCCACAGUUUUUUUACAUAUAUUGGGUCUUUACCUUCAUUCAAACACUGCCAUUGUAGUAAGUUACUUCAUUAUUAUUAUUAUUAUUAUUAUUUUUUGUUUCCCACCUGAAUUAAGCAAAUCAUUUUGAGGUCCAGAUUUUUAUAUUAGUGACAGUGCUUUAGUGAUACAAGAAACACCCAAAUAAACUCCCAUAACAAUAAUUAUCCCAUAACUAUCGCAUAAUAAUUAUCCCAUAACUAUCGCAUAAUAAUUAUCCCAUAACUAUCGCAUAAUAAUUAUCCCAAACUCCCAUAACACUAGGUUUUACUAUUAAAUACAUUUUUACUGUGACUUUUUAUUUAUUUUGUUGGCAUUCUUUUAAUAGUUUAUAUUAUACAAUUAUAUUGAUAGAACAUGGAUACUAGACGGGUAGAUCUUGGUCGCCCACAGAUUCACUGCUGGGAGAGAAGCAGAGAUUCCUCUAUCUGGCUUGACUGUGCUUUUGUUAUUAAUUCUGGAAUAUCCGCAAUGAGGUGUUGUCUCGCACACAAUGUUGCACAUGUAAACAUUGUUUUGUGUGUGUAUGCUGCCUGGAUUACCUCUCCAAUAUCUCUCCACACAGUAGAGUGCUGCUCUUUGUACUCUCUUCAAGCUGUUUCUCCUUACACCUUUUGUUUCUUUAAAAAAUUUUACUUAAAUAUUCCUCUUCCUUAUUUUCUCUCUAUUACACAUUUAGCUUUCUUCCCAACUGUUUCACUGUGUACUUAAAAACAAAAUUACUUUUCUAAUUGUUUUCUUGAUUAUUUUUGACAUUUUAAAAAAGCUUUUGAAGAAGCUUUGUGGCCAGUGUGAAAGUGAUAGUUUGUGAUGGUGGCUAGUUUUCAUUGUAAACCUUGAAAAUAUAAUAUAAUUGACUGUGAAUUAAUCUAAGUUGUUGCAGAGUUUGUAUCUCUUCUCUGCAUGUGUAGAGCGAAUAUCAGUGGGAGAUUGUUAAACCGUAUUAUGGUUUAUGAUACCAAAUGAUGUACAGUAGUGGGUGCCGGUUUGUGAUUUUUGCACAUAGUUUUUCCAAGCAUUGCCAUAUUAUUGUCAAGAAAUAAGGUGUAUCUUACGAUUCACCUUUACAUUGCACUUUCAAUUACUGUACUGUACUGUAAGAGCUCGCUAAUCCAAAUUCCGGCAAGCCAAAUCUUUGAGUAAUCCGAAUAAAUUUGAGUGAGUUUUUGACUGCUCGACUCUAAUCAAAAUUUGGAUUAUCUACAUUUCUGGAGCGCAGAAACCUAAAUAAAUUAAAAUGAUUAAAUUUUUGUACUAAAAUAUGUACUGUGUAAUAUAUAUAUAUAUUAUAUAUAUAAUAUAAUAUAAUAUAAUUAAAUUACCCCCGUACAUGUGAACAUUGCGACUAGUAGGUGCUAAAAUAACAAACUUUUACUUCUUCUAUUGGAACUUAAAAUAUUAGUUCUGUACAGCACUUAAUCUUAGCCCAUCCUUCUAAAAUGAGAGUAUAGUACUGUACUUGUGAUAUUACCCACAUAGUUACUAUGUCAUGAUGGACCAAUAGAAAGCAGAUUUGUAUUAUUGAUUCUGGACAAAUCAGGGAAAGUUUUUUUUUAUAUUUGUUGCUAAUGAAACUUAACCAAACCAUCCUAGGCCUAAUACACAUUAUAAGGUCUAAUAUAGUUCAUAUAUGUGCUUUACUAGGCCUAUGAAUUGUUAAUAUAGUUGAUAUAUAAAUGCUUUACUAGGCCUGUGAAUUGUUAAGUUUGGUUUUUAGCUUUAUUUUUCUUGGCUAUAAAAAUAAGCUGCAAAAUGUGGCUCACUGGAGCUCCAUUACUACAUAUUGGUACAAUUAACCACAUAGUUAUAAAAACAGUUGUAUCAUUUCAGGAGGAUGGGUUGUUCAUGGGUCCAUUCAGAGGUUUUUAAAUGAUGCCAUAGUUUGCAAAUAACGUGUAUCUUACGUGUGUGUGUGUGUUACAUAAAAUUAUAGAUCAUCAUCACUAUCAGAGUAAAUAAUGGCAGCUUUAUGGAAUUUUUAUAUUUAUUUUUACCUAGUGAUGCCCAAUUAAGAGAAUUUGUUUUAAUAUACUCCCAUGCUCUUAUUUAGUAAAUGCUGCUAUUUCAGUCAUUGUAUUAUUGAUAAAUUGAAAUGUUAUAUGCAUAUUCCUAUCUGCAUAUAUUCCUAUGCAGUUAGGAAUACUUGUAUGCUAUUAAUAGACUAAUCUUGAUUUUAUUAUUGGUUGAUUGCCAGAAAAUCUGAAGUGUAACAAAUGAUUUAGGACUAUAUUGCCCUAGGGAAACUUCAUUAUUUUAGCAUUAUGGGUAAGAAUCUUAUGGGGGGUCUUCAAGUGUUCAUAGUCUGUCUCGUGUGUGUGUGUGCCUAAUAAAAGUAAUCUCCCACAAUGUCGCCUUCGAUGGGGGAGGGUCAUCGUUAUUGUACCUGAGCGGUUUAUUGAUCGUUGUUAUACAGGCACUGGGAGAUACAAUUUGUGGAAUGUAUAGAAAGAAGUGAAGUGUUAGGUGCAGUGUUGUUGGAAACGGCAUUACUGAUGACAAUAAUAAUUAACAGCGCGAUACAAAAUAGUUACGAUCUGCAUGUUUGACAGGUAAUUUCUUGUGCAACAAAUAUUUAUUCACCAGCUUUCAUGUUAACUGCAAGGUUAAUGAAACAUUUUGCAUAAUGUUAUGUUUCAGUUAAGAUUUACAGUAUUUAGAUGUAUAUAAUAUCCAGUAAGAUUAUUGUCUAUAUACAGUAGGAUAUCUAAUAUAUUUUUUUUAGAUUUAAAAAAUAAAUCUGUUUUCCACUUGUGCUAUUGAGUAUGAGAAAAUAAGUUUUUUAAUGCAAGCAUUAUAAAAGACAAUAAAUUAAGCAAGCAUGUAUUUUGUAUCUUACCAAUUUUGUAUACAAACUUCCCUUUAUAUUGUCCAUUUUAUUGUGCCAUCAGCUUCCAAUAGGUUACCUACUAUUUUUGUAAUCUGAAUUACUUCACAGAAUUUUUAUAAAUGCAAUUUACUGUCUCCUAGAUUACACUGAUUGGAUGAGACACGUUACAUAUGUUCAAUCAUGAUUUUAUUCCUGUGGAUCAUAUUUGCUUGCAAAUGCUUCAAUAACUUCAAAGCAGUUGUCUUUGAAUUUCUUGAAUGCAUGGUUUUCUUGUGUAUUAAGAAUUCUAAUUAGAUGAAUUUGUUUAGUUUAGAUUUUGUUUUUAUUUGACUUAGGGAACAAUAUUAGCCAUUAUUGCCUCAGUGAAGUUACUUUUAAGUAUCUGAUAACUCACUCAAAUUGUGAUAUCAAAGUGGAUGAUUUUAUUUUAGGCUGGUCAUCAAAAAAUACAAUUUAUGACCAUACAUGAGAUACUGAAUGUAGGUUACAUGUACUUACAUUUUGCUAAAGUACUGUAAAGUAAAUCUGUAAAGUUGUUUUGCAGAUUAUAAGUAAUAUUUGUGUUUUGAUGAUGGCCUUGUCUGCUGUGCUGGGUGUUAGUGGCACCAGCAUAGCACUCUCAUGCACAGAAUCUCAUGCAGCAGACAUCAGUAGUGCUCUGCAUGUAACAGUUGUAUCUGAAUAAUAAAUCUUAUUAUUAU